UUCGUGACGUGCUCGUACUUCUUCCGGGUCAGUGCUCUCUCUAUCUCCGGCAUGCUUCCGGAUUUUUUUUUUUUACCCACAUAACAUGUGUAACUAAAAUCGGAAAAUAAAAUGAGUUCUCAAAAAGGGAACGUGUCUCGGUCGCGAGGCCAGAAGCAUCAAAACAACUUUGCCUUCAAAAACGACUUGUACGGAGCGACUGUACAAGUGCAGAAGGCAAAAUCAAAGAUCCACGAUGGGCUCUGUCUACAUUGUAAGGGUGUGCUUGAGUGGAAAGUGAGGUACAACAAAUACAAGACUCUGACACAGGCUAAAAAAUGUGUCAAGUGUUCUCAGAAGACGGUGAAGGAUGCGUAUCACAUCGUGUGUAAGCCCUGUUCCCUUCAGCUAGACAUCUGCUGCAAGUGUGGGAAGAAAGAGGAAAUCGUUAUUCCAGUAAACUCAGAAGAAGACAAGAAAGAGGAAGAAGAGGAGGAUGAACAGAAAAAGAAAGGAAGAGGGAAGAAGGACGUGGAUGAUUUGGACAGUGAUGAUGAUGACUUAAGCGACCGAAGAGAUGAUGAUGAUAAGGAAGAGGAUUCCGAUAGUGACUCAGAACCAAAGAAGAGACAGAACAGGUCUGAUGUGCUCCCAGAUGUAUCCAGAGUCCACUUUAAAGACUAAAGAGUGAGAGGGUUCUUGUUAUAACAAGUUUUUUUUCUUUCUUUUUUUACAAUUAUACAAAACAAGAUUUCUAAUCAAAGUACAGUGUGAUGUUUAAGACUGGACUAUAUUCAAAUUUAAAUGCUGCAAAUCAACAAAUGUGGUUUGAUGGAGCACCUGGAGUACGAGCUAAUGUAACACUAGGUUGAGUAGCUGUAUUAUAUACUGUACAUUCACAAACAAUGCCGCCUGAAUAUAUACAUUUUACUGUACCGUAAUAAAAACCUGUACACUGUCUACAUUCAUGUAUCUAAGCUACCAAUUCUUCUGACAUUAAUUAGACUAAUAGAGGCCUUGAAGUAUCAGCAGCACUGAAAGCAGAAGUAGAGGUUUUGCCUGAAUAUCAGGAACUGACUCUGAAACAUUGACCCUGUCACACACAUUACAAGUUUAUAUUUACACUCAGUCACAUGUUUGUCAGGUCCAGCUAGCUAAAACGAUCCACUUCACAACUAAGGCUUUUCAACAUUCCCCAAAAACUGUUGCACUUUACAACUUUAGACUCCAUUUUCACAUUUCAUUAAAAAAACUAACAUUUGUAACUUACAUGUUGGUUCACUACUGUAGAGCUGAGAGAUGUUUCUGUAGGGUGAUAGAGCAGUGCAGUGAUACACUUCUUGCAUAAAGCUAUCAUGCCCAGGUUCUCGUUUUUUUAUCAAUUAUUUUCAGCUCCCCUCUACACUUCCUGUCACUGAAUAACCCGUAUAGUUACAUGUUCCUCUAAAGCAGAGGUGUCAAACUCGAGGCCUGCCACGUCAUUUUUUAAGUUAGACUUGAUAGUAAAAAUAUCCCCAUGGUCGAAAUUAUGAGAUAGAAAGUCAAAAUUAUAAGGUACUAACACAACAGUCAGAAGCAGCUCCUCAUAGGUUACCCUACAUUUGACAUAGAAAUGUAUUGUGAGUACAUUGAAGACUACUUUGGCUUUGCAACGGAUGAAAUACUUGACAUGGAUUGUACUGAGCAAACACACCCUUGAAAGGAUUUUCAGCAAGAAGCAGCUCUGGCGUAGAAAGAAUAAAACCAAUGUGGCUGAGGUGGCCGCCUUCAUUGAACAGCAACUGGAAACAUCUGGUCCAACUGGAAACAUCUGGUCCUUCACGGGUCGAUUAUGUGACCCGCGAAGUGACGGCAUCCUGCCGUUAGACAGCAGUUUUUCCAUAUCGCCGUUGAACUUUGUCAGUUAC